CUGAUUGAUAACAAAAAAAAAACAUCCAUUCGUCAUGCUUCAUCUAAAAUCGCUAGCUCUGGCGCCUGCAUCAAAAGCACUAACUACUGCAAUGCCAACACUUUACAACACCCAACAACGAAGCCUUGUCUCGAACAAAACUGAAAAGGUCAGCCGUCCGCAUUGCUUAUAUCUGGAACCACGUUGUAGUAAAGAUAAAAUGAAAAAGGUCACAUGUAAAAAGCGUGAAUUUCCGCUAGAUUUCAAUUUCGAUGAAUGCUGCAAAGGUUGUAAGGAUGUCUUGCCUCGCUUCGAUGAUCUCUAUUACAAACCGUCAGACAAAUCCGAACGUAAAUAUCAGCAAACCUGGUCUGAAUGCCCCGAUAUAUUUAUUGUGCCAAUGAAACUAUGCUGUACAGAAUAUUACGCUGUAUCAAAAAUGGAAAAACGCAAACACAAGAAACUUGAAGUUGACCAAUUAGAAGAUAUCGUUGUCAGGCUCUGCAGGAAUAAGUUAUCUGCACGUUGUUCAAAAAUUUCAUGGCCCGGUUGUAAGGCGGUUCGAGAUCCACCCAAGUGUACUGCUACUAAGAAGAGCAGCGGUUGCUCAAAAAUAUGCACACCCUACCCAAGUUAUUCCGAGUGUGAAAAGAAGUCACCCAAAUUCUUGAGGCCAGCCGAAUGCAAAUGCCUUAAGGUUACUAGCUGUUACUAACUCGCAUCGAGAUUUCAUUCGCAUAUGAGACUUUUCACCUAGCGAGCUCCGUAAAUUGUGUGGUGUUCGGUGUAGCUAUAUAUUUCACCACGAAAUAUACUAAAGCAUUGGACUUACAAAGGAUUUUCGUGUCUGUGUUGAAUUGGUUUUGAUUUUGGAAAAUAAAUGUGUAUAUGCUAUAAGAUGCAUGUAAAGCUCGUGGCUUUUAAGGUAGAUAUACGUAUGUAAAGUAGUAAAUGAGUUGGUGAACCACGCAUAUGAAUGCUUAAGCGAUUUUAUGAUUAAACAUGGUUUAUAAUAUAUUUUUCGUGAUUUAAAAAAAAA